AUGGAGGACAGCCACUUCCGCCACAGCCCCUCGCACCACCCGCACCCCUUCCAGGUCCACCGCGACCACUCGCUCAACGAGGGGACGACCACCGCACUAGAGGAUACAACCACGCACCGCGCAACCUCGUACGAUGAAGAGGGCCAGGCACCGCCGCGGUACACGGAGGAAAACGACCCGUACCAGCUCGCCUCAAAGCUGAAAACCCCCGAGGAGAUCCGCGACAUGCACCCGCAGGCCAACAUGUCGCGCAAGCGCCAUACUACAAUCUCACGGAUGGUAGGCGCGUCGACGGCCGCAGCAAAUGAGGUUCCUGUGUUACGGAAAUUCAAGAGCGCCUCAUCCAGGCGAGAACUGCAGGGCUUCUACCACGAGCAAAACGAGAACAUCGAGCGCAUGCUCAAGCCCGUCGAGGAGCACCGGCGCGACGCGCGCGAGCUCAACACGAAUAACCAGCUCAAGUACAAGAUUGCCAUCUACGGGAGUUUCGGCGCGAAUAUCUGCCUGUCGAUCUUGCAGCUGUACGGAGCCAUUGCCUCCUCGUCGCUUUCGCUCUUUACGACCAUGGCCGAUUCGGUCUUUGACCCGCUCUCCAACUUGACCCUGUUGCUCUGCAACAAGACCGUCAACCGCGUCGACCCGCGGAAAUUCCCCGCGGGCAAAGCACGCAUCGAAACAGCGGGGAACAUCUCCUUUUGCUUCCUGAUGAUCGCCGUCAGCGUCCUCCUCAUCGCCUUUUCCAUCCGCGACCUCGUUGACGGGUCCGACUCGGCAACAGGCGACUUCCACCUCCCCUCGGUCAUCGCCGUCGCGGUAGCCUUUUGCACGAAACUCGCGCUCUUCCUGUACUGCUUCGCGCUGCGGAACCAAGUCUCGCAGAUCCGGAUCCUGUGGGAAGACCACCGCAACGAUCUGCUGAUCAACGGGUUCGGUAUCCUUACGUCUGUGGGCGGGAGUAAGCUGCGGUGGUGGAUUGACCCGAUGGGCGCGAUUAUCCUCUCCGUGCUGAUUAGUGGGCUCUGGCUGCAUACGGCGUGGAAUGAGUUUCAGUUGCUGGUUGGCGUCACGGCGGAUACGAAGAUGCAGCAGCUUAUUACUUAUAUCUCAAUGACCCACUCCCCAAUGAUCACCGCAAUCGACACUGUGCGCGCCUACACAUCGGGCCCGCGCCUGGUCGUCGAAGUCGACAUCGUCAUGGACCCCGAGGAGAGCCUGCGGGCGACGCACGACGUCGCCGAGGAGCUGCAGAUGAAGCUCGAGUCGCUGCCGGAUGUCGAGCGCGCGUAUGUCCAUGUUGAUUACGAGACGACGCAUAAGCCCGAGCAUAAUUUGAAGAAGGAGCUGUAG